AUGAGUGCAAUUUCCCUCGAAACUCUCGCCGUUACUGCUGUAAACAGGUAUUUUCGAGUUGUGCAUUCUCGUGCGCUCUAUCAAAAAAUUUUCAACGCAAAGAAAAUCAGAGCAACAAUUGCGAUUCUGUGGAUCAUCGCUUUCCUCGCACCCCUUCCUUACGUCGUUGCCGGACACGAAUUUUCUUUCCAUCCUGCAAAGGCUAUGUGCGCACACAACUCAGAAAGCCUGCUUAAAGGCUACGGAGCCUUCUUGGUCCUCGUGUACGUAGCCGUUCCAUUAAUUUUAAUCAUAGCGUGCUAUACCAGGGUGUUCAUGAAGGUGCGGAAACACAAUUUGAAUUUCAUCUUUCGGCUUCGAAGUAGUUGCAGAUCUGAGCCAUCGACAAACCGGUGCCUAUCAGUGGACGAAGUUAACGUGACUUACACUCUUCUAGUCGUCGUGACAGGUUUUCUAGUUUGCUGGACGCCUGUUGUAGUAAUCGACUUGAUCGACUUUCUUAAUUCAGAUUGGAAACUUAAACGACAAGUGUACGUGAGUUACACUUGUUUCGCCUUCACGAGCGCCUCUCUCAACCCAAUCAUUUAUGGCGUCAUGAAUCGUUCCUUUCGAGUAGAGUACUUGCGCAUCUUGGCGGCCUUCAAGUUCUGGUCU